GCAAGCAAAACGGAAAUACACAAAGGUCAAGGCUAUUUUUGUUUUUGUUGUGAAAUAUCCCGAAAUAUCCUUUUAAAUAUUUAAAAACGUGGUUUAUCGAUCAGGUAAACUACAGCGAUGAUGUUAACUUUGACGAUUUUAGUAUGUUUGUCAGGUUUGCUGAACAAUGUUGCAUGUUUAGAGCAAUGCGGCAGCAGACUCUGCAAAUCUGGUCAAGUGUGCGAGUCUGACAUUGAUGGUGGAACAUGUUACAACAGUACCUUGAAGAUAGAUUGUCAAGAUGGUAUUUCAUAUUGCUACAAACCAAGAAAAUGCUGUGGAGUAUCCACAUGCUGUCCCGAAAAUUCAGAUUGCUGCGGUUUCAAUACAUGUUGUCCGAAGGGUUCCGUGUGUUGUAGUCCUAACUACUGUUGUGAACGAGGAACUACGUGCUGCGGGUUCCAGACAUGUUGUGCAUCAGGAACACAUUGUGAUGGCGGAGAGUGUAUAAGAAACAGUGGCGGUCCCUUCAAGUGGUGGUACAUAUUUUUCUUCCUGGCACCCACAUUUGUACUUGUUGCGGUCAUCCUCAGACGAAGGAGAAGAGCAGCUGCACUGAGAGCUGCCGGUAUCAACACAGGAGGUAUGAUAGUGACUGUGCCAGUUCAGACAAGAGAACAGUACGGGUAUGAUCAGGGUCCAAUCAAUUACAGCAUGCCAGCAGGAGGGGCUGUCCCACCGUAUACACCCCAGACAGAUGAAAGAACUAUGCAGCCGAGUUGUCCCCCGCCACCAUACAGUGAUGUUGCAAAGCCACAGGCCUGAUGAGACAGAUAGACUUUCAGUUGGGGCUUUUUUUGACAUUUAUUUCUAUGGAUGCCAUACUGAGUGUCAGUUUGUGAACAUGAGUGUUUGUUAAGGUAUGCAUGUUGUGUGCAUCAGUGCGUACAUGUACCAAUCCCUCCUGCAGUUUUUGUUUUUCUGCUUCAGAAAGCAUAAUACCACAGAGGGAUAUUCAGUUUCUUUUGAACCUUGUUUUCUAAUGAAUUGAAUAUUAUGGAUGCCCUCCAGUAUGCUAGUUUGUUGACUUUAGUGUUUGUGUACAAGUUGUUGGCAAUCUCUCAAGCAGAAUUGGAACAUGCGGCGAAAAGCAGUGCAACAUUCUGAUUGAUAUAUUAAACCCUUAGCCUGCUGGCGGCAAGUGAUUCUGCCUUUGCGACCAGUGCAGACCAAGAUCAGACUGCACAUCAGUGCAGGCUGAUCAUGGUCUGCACUGGUCGCCAUUCAGUCAGUAUCUUUUUGGAAAGCAUCCCUUUUAACAGUUAAUGGUACUGUCCAAAUUGAAAGAUGGAUCAGUUCAUUAUAGAAAUUUAGUAGGGUAAGGGUUAACGUAACUUUUUAAUAGAUGUAAUCUCAAUUUGCUUUGUUUGAAAAGGUCUGUAAACUUGUUUCCAUUCAAGAUGACAAACAUUCAUGUUUGUUAAUUUUUGUUCUUGGUGUUGUUUUUUUUGCAUUAUAUGUGGGAAUUCAUUAAGCAUAUGUUUCGGAGUUGAAAAAUCAUUAAAAAAAAUCAGAAAGCAUAUGAUAAAAUGUUGAAUCCUGGAUAGGUGGAAAUAACGUGAACCUGCAAAGUAAAAAAAUUAAUUUCAUCUUCUUCCAUUUGAUACCAUCUAUUGAGGGGAGCAGUUAUUGGAAUAUGGUAAAAAUUGCAUUUCUUUGUUAACAAAAAACUAAAAACCUUUGCAGUAUGUUAUAUUGGAAAAAAUACUGGAAAAGAACAUUGUAUAAUUCAAGUUGUUUUUCUAAAUACAACCAAAUUUAAUAAGGGAAAAAUAUCAUAACACAUAGAAGCUGAUGCUAAUGCAUAAUACCUUCUCCCCUAAACUCACAGGUGGAGUGGAAUCUUCAGAGAGUGGAUAUGGCACUAAUGUACAAUACCCUUUCCCCAAAAUUUUUAUGUAAAGUAGAAUCUCCGUAAUAUCAGAUCUGUAAGAAGAACCUUUGGAAGCAAACCUUAUUAUUGUAUGUUUGGAAAAGGGUUAAGAUGUUGUAGUUUGAAGUGGGAGAAACAUAUUAAAUAUAUGAUAUAAAUACAUGAAAAAAUAUUGCAUAUAGAACAUUUUAUAAGAGACUAAAUCUUUUUCUUAAAUAUACCAUGUUUACAUAAGGAAGAAAUAAUUUUUAUAUGCCUGCAAAAAGGGAUCAACUGCCGCAACUGGCAGGCGGUAUGCAUCCACUGAAGUUUUUCCUCUCCCUUAUUAACCAGUGUUCACCAGUUUUGGUCACAAUGUUUAUGGGUAUAUCUUGGACAAGUAACAAAUUAAAUAUAUCAAGUAGCAAAUGGACAAAAAAACAACGAAAAUUUAAAUAAAAGACUGUUAUUCUACAUACAUUCCAUUUGGAAAUUAUUGUUAAAAUGUUAUUCUUAUAUAUUUAAUAUUGUACUUUAUACAAAAUAUACAGUGCAUAUAUCAUAUUUUGAUGCUGUGUAUGUACAUGACUUUUUUGUGUCUGGGACACGUGUCAUGCAAACAGGAGUUCAGUUUAUGAGAUUGUUGUAUAAAAUGAUUUUACAGAUUCUUGCAAUAGAAUUGAUUAUAAUAUAUUGUAAAUACACUAGGAUAGAUAGAUAGAUACUUUAUUUUCCUUCAAUAUACAUGAAGAUCUGAACAAAGUACUUCAGUAUAAAUCAAAAUUUCAAGUAUCUGUUACUUGAAUAUCAGUAAUAUCUAUGUAGGAAACUGAACUCCUUUGGGUAUUUCUUGUCUAGUACUUCUUUCAUAUUGUAGGUGUACUAAAUAUUUUAUAAAAUCUUAAAAUAGCCACAUUUUCUUUUUUUUCUUGUUUAUAGAAGAACAACUAGAAAUGACUCGAUAAAUGUUAGAUAAGUUCUAUUUAAAGGAGAAAGAAAAAAGGUUUAUAAUCUAGAAUUCAUUGUAUAUAUACCAGAGAAAAGCUAAGCUAACCAUGUGAAUAUAGUACAGUGUAGGCCUUAUCUAUUGCCAUCGCUGUAUCAAUUUAUACAGAAAUUAAGAUGGGCAAACAUAUGCCCGAUUUAUUUUCAUAUUUCACGACAGUUAACCUAUUUACGUAUAUAUGCACACCGUAAGUUCUUAAGUUGACACCACUGAUUAAUGUGUGGGCUAUUUCAGGCCUUUAAUAGAUGAUAUCCCAGUCUGUUUCCAUCCACUGGUUUGUCUAGGACUUAAGUCUGUCUUGGUUCUGUGAUGAUUUUAUUGACCUCAAACAUGGCAAACAAUUAGUAAUAUGUAAAGCAAAACAUAAAUACAUGAAUACAGAAUAUGCAGACCAUGUGCAUUAUAUGUAUUUCUUGUUCUUAGGCAUCAGGGCCGCUUUGGCUGAGUGGUUAAGAUCGCUGACUUCAAAACAUUUGCGCGUUACCAGUGAGGAUUCUAAAAUUUACUUGUGAGGAAGUUGUCUUCCUAUUGCCCGGAGAGGCACCUAGGGUCGUCCUCCUCUAUCAGAAGCUUGAGAGUCUCCAUAUAUAUGACAUUGAACUUAAAACCUAACAAAAACUAUGGUAAUACAUUGUGAGAAUGCUUGGUUAGUGUAAAUUUAAUUUGUAGAAUGAUUAUAAAUCAUAUCCUUUAACUGAUAUCCUCUGUGAUUUGUAUAUAUAUAUAAAGUUUAACUUAAAUUAUCUGAUGUACUCUUUUGUGUUUGUUUACUAAUAUCCAUGACAUUCCAGAUACUUGUAGUAUUACAAAUCCACCAUCAUAUAAGAAUACUGGCCCAUUUUAUCUGACCACUUACAUGUAUAUAGUUUACCAAUAUUUCAGUUGUAAAUCUAUAUAUACUAGAUCUAUAUUAAAGCGGCAUGCCUCCAGAUCGUUCGACAACAAAAAAAUAAAUAUUUUUUUAGAUAUCUUGAAAUAAAUGCUAUAUUUCUUAAGAAGGCUUUAAAACUUAAUUACUGACAAACUUUAUGUUACAGAAACACAUGAGAAUUUGCUGUUUUUACUACUUUUGACAAUGAAAAUUGAAAAGCGUUUGUCACACUUUUCUCCAGGUAAAGUGUCUCGAUUAUAAAUAUCUAUAUUUUGAAGUCAUUAUUCACUACUUCAGCUAUAGCACUAUUAGUUAUGUCUUUAUUGCUGCAGCGGUCCGGGGUUCAAUUCCCCAGGCGGUCAUCUUUUUUUCUUGAUUUGGAAGUUCUAAAAUAUUUUAGAAACAAAAAUUUAUAUUCUAAUGUUCCUAAUAUGAUUAAAACUUCAGUUUGAACGAAAGAUUAUUUUUUAGCCAAAUCUGGAGGCAUGCUGCUUUAAGGAAACUUCAGAAGUAAUGUUUCAUGGUUAAAAAUGUUUCAUUUUAAUUCAUAGCCUGUCUAAACUAGCAUAACUAAAAUUUAUCAAUAUAUCAUUGUUUUGUGAAAGAUGGAAGUGUUUCACUGCAAAUUUGUGUGUCCUUAAAGUCGGUAAUUCAACCUUAUUCAGUGAAAUAAGCAAAAAGACUGUCUUUUUAAAUGUACAGCCUCUGAAAUAUCAAAAAGAUGUACAUAGGUAGAUGGAAGGAGUCCUAAUUUCACUAUUACACUACCAACAAAAUCUGAAGUGAAAUGUAAUUUCGUAACCUUGACCUUUGACCAGAGAAAUGUAUUCUUUAUCACCAGCAGUUAGGUAAUUUUGAUCCUAGACUAUUUAAGACUACAUUGUGUAUGUACUCUACACAUUGAAUGGCUUACCGGCCAGUAGUCAAAACUAUUAGCCUGAAGUUAGAUGACAUAAGAAAUGAAAUGUCAAAGUUUUUUCUCUUAUUUUUGACUUUAUCCCAUCAAACUUGUGCUGAACUAUUGAUGAGUCAAUGGCACAAACUUUGGACUAACAAUUUUUAUGAGGAGUUGUGCAAUAAUAUAGACUUACUGAAUGGCUGGCAGUCAGUAGUAAAAACUACUGCCUGAUGUCUGAAGUCCAAAGGUCAACAGUUUUUACUAUUGAAUGGCAAGUCAUUUGGUAAGUGUUCUAUUACAGGACAUCUGAAAUAGAUUUCAAUUAGUUAUUUUUUCAAGUCCCAACAAAAUGGUGUUGAAUUUUAGACAAGUUACAUAGUACAAGCUAUAGACUGGCAAUUUGUAGUCGUGUAAUAAAAAUGACUACAGUUUAAGUCAGUAUCGAUUAAAUGGCUUAUGUUUUUUACUGACAGUAUUAAACAUUUCAGAAAUUGACACCAUUAUGCCGAGUUUGUAUACAUGUAUGUGUAAAUAUUUUAUUGUAUAUAUUUUAUUGGACUUCAAGAUUCACGCUUUUUGUAACAUAAUAGUAUUUCAAUUAUAUUCUGGAAACAUAA